AUGGAGUCCGUUUUUCUCACGCUCUUCAUUCUAGAAAAGGACCUGGUUGGACGUAUCGAAAAGGAUUACCCAUGCGUGGAUGCUCAUCGUGCACCGUGCCUUGAAGUAGCAUGGAGUCCGUUCAAUGAUAAUGUGAUUGCGAGUUGUUCCGAGGAUACAACUUGCAAGGUUGGGCGUAUCGAAAAGGACUACCCAUGCGUGGAUGCUCAUCGUGCACCGUGCCUUGAAGUAGCAUGGAGUCCGUUCAAUGAUAAUGUGAUUGCGAGUUGUUCCGAGGAUACAACUUGCAAGGUCUGGCUAAUCCCUCCGAAUGGUCUGAUUCGUACACUCAGCGAGCCGGCCGUCGAAUUAUGUGGCCAUCAGAAACGCGUCAACACUUUAGCCUGGCAUCCAACUGCCAACAAUAUUCUUCUUACUGCUGGCGGUGAAAAUAAGCUGUUAAUUUGGAACGUUGGUACGGGCGAUGCGCUGCUCGAGAUUAGUGGCCAUCCCGAUAUGAUAUGGUCCGUAUCAUUCAAUUACGAUGGAAGUCGCUUUGUGACAACAUGCAAAGAUAAGAAAAUACGGGUGAUUGAUUCGCACACGGGUGAAGUGCUUCGUCAGGGCAACGGUCAUGAGGGAGUGAAACCGCAACGUGCAAUUUUCCUGAAAGAUGGCAGAAUUUUCACAACCGGUUUCACAAAACGAUCCGAAAGGCUUUAUGCGCUUCGUACACAAGUUUGUUUUUUUCUAAACGAGAGAAAAAUUGACAAAUCAAAAAGUCCAAAAAUCAAAAUUUGAAA